AUGGAGCAGAAGCGCAGGCCGCAGGCUGAGACCCGCGCGCCUGAGGAGGAGGAAGGGGCGGCUAUGGCGGCUCUGCCGGCGGCUGCUGGGGGCGCAGGCCCGGCCGUCCUGCAGGUGGCCGGCCUUUACCGGGGUCUGUGCACCGUGCGCAGCCGCGCCCUGGGCCUGGGGCUCGUUUCACCCACGCAGUUGCGCGUAUUUUCGGUGCGCCGCGGCUCGGGCCGGCCUGCUGGGGGCGCUGACGGCAAUGGGGUCGGGGCGGAGCUCGAAGCCAACCCCUUCUACGACCGCUACCGCGACAAGAUCCAGCAGCUGCGCAGGUCUGACCCCGCUGCUUUUGAGUCUCUCUUGGAGAAGCGCAGUGAGUUUCAGAAGCAGCCAGUGGGGCACUCCAGACAAGGUGACUUUAUCAAAUGUGUGGAGCAAAAGACAGACACCUUGGGGAAACAGUCUAUGAGCAGAGGAUUCACUAAGGACAAGACUCUCAGUUCAAUCUUUAACAUUGAGAUGGUAAAAGACAAGACUACAGAAGAAAUAAAGCAGAUUUGGCAGCAGUAUUUUGCAGCAAAAGAUACAGUCUACGCAGUUAUUCCUGAAGAGAAGUUUGAUUUGAUCUGGAACCGGGCUCAGUCCUGUCCAACAUUUCUGUGUGCACUACCAAGAAGGGAAGGUUAUGAGUUCUUUGUAGGACAAUGGACAGGUACCGAACUCCACUUCACUGCACUUAUAAAUAUUCAGACCCGAGGGGAAGCUGCAGCCAGCCAGCUGAUUUUAUACCACUACCCUGAACUUAAGGAAGAAAAGGGGAUAGUGUUGAUGACAGCAGAAAUGGACUCCACAUUUCUGAAUGUUGCUGAGGCACAGUGCAUUGCCAACCAAGUUCAGCUCUUCUAUGCCACUGAUCGGAAAGAGACCUAUGGGUUAGUGGAGACCUUUAACCUUAGACCAAAUGAGUUCAAAUAUAUGUCUGUCAUCGCGGAAUUGGAACAGAGUGGACUUGGAGCAGAACUGAAAUGUGUCCGGAACCAGGAGAAGACUUAGAGCUGUAAGAGUUGGCUCCACUCAGGGUCUGCUCAGCCCUGGAUAGUGUAGAGCCUACCCGCUUGAACUACAGAGAACUCAGCUUAUAACCCUGAGCAGUCUGUAAUGUGUUGUCCUGUGUGCUUAUUGCAAGAAAUGAUCAUGGAGGUGAGCCCUACUGCUUGAUAUUCAGAUAUAAAGGUACCCAAACAUUCUGAUAAUUAUUUCCCAGCAUACUUGAGGUUUCCUUUUAAGAGACUGAAGUCUGAACAAGAGACAGCCAAGGAUCCAGAGGAUGGUUUACCUGAUUUUACACAGUAUAAUGGUAUAGUUGUAUUCUGGCCGUUUUGGACCUUACAACUCCCACAUGAUCAGUUCUUCUGCUUUAUAAACAUGUGACAAGAUAAUGA